AACAUAUAUGUACAUCCCACUUUCCUUUCCUCUUCAGAAAUAAAUAUAAUAUAUUUCUCGAGACUUUUCCACAAACCUUAUUCAUCAAUCAUUAAUUCUUCCUCAUACUUUUACAAACUUGGUUGAUAUACCUAGCAUUCAUAGACAGAGGUAUCCUUUUACAAGAAAUAUUACAUCGACUUGAUAAUAUUUUUGUUGCCUUGCGUUGCGAAGAACUAAACCAAUCGACUCCAAGACCACCAAAAGCACCCAAUAUCAGUAUGCAAGCACCUCAAAAGAUCCGUUACACCUGUGUCGAAAGCUUUAUUAAUGGAAUUAACAAAUAGUUACAAUGACUUCUCCAGAACCAAGAGCUGUGAAGCGACCAAGUAAGAUCUCUUCUCUUUUCUUUUUCUUUCUUUUCUCUUGUUCUCGUUCUCUUCUCUCAAGCAUUCUUGACUUGAAACUUUACAUGAGUAAUUUCCUUCUUGCACUAUUCAGCGGGUCGCGCCGCUCUAGGGCGAGAAAAACUUUUCAACCAACUGUUGAAUUUCACAUUUAUAUACCCUUCUUAACUCGCACUCACAUACAUAUUGAUAUCGUUCAUCAAUAACAUCGCAUAAUUCAAAACAUCCAUUUCACACCUUUAGAAGCAUUCAACAUCUCUUCUACCAUCCACUAACCUUUUACUCGCAAUGUCAGGAACUCAAUCUGAACCUCCUCCAAGCCUUCCCAAGGUUAUUGCAGAACAGCAUGUCCCAAUUCCUUCUACCGAUAAAGAUUCGCAAAGAUUGAUUGUCGUUCUUUCAAAUGCCAGUCUCGAAACCUACAAGCAAUCUUCCGGCGGUGGAAGACCUGGAGCGCGUGCCGCAGAGGAAAAAUAUUCUCUCCUCAAUAGUGAUGAGCACAUUGGUAUUAUGCGCAAGAUGAACCGAGAUAUCAGUGAUGCCCGACCUGAUAUCACACAUCAGGUUCGUAAAUAAUCAUUAUAUGACAAGUCAUUCCAAUACUCACCUAUAGCAGUGUCUUCUCACCCUCCUCGACUCACCGAUUAACAAAGCUGGAAGGCUCCAAAUCUAUAUCCAUACAGCCAAGGGAGUUCUCAUUGAGGUCAGCCCAACGGUUCGAAUUCCACGUACCUUUAAGCGUUUUGCUGGUCUUAUGGUACAACUCCUACAUCGACUUUCUAUCCGAUCAGUCAACUCUCAAGAAAAACUUCUCAGGGUCAUUGCGAACCCGAUCACCGAUCACUUGCCUCCAAAUUGCCGAAAAGUUACAUUGAGUUUCGAAUCAGAGUUGGUCCGUGUUCGGGAUUAUGUGGAGACAUUGAAGCCGAAGGAGAGCAUUUGUGUGUUCGUUGGUGCCAUGGCAAAGGGAACAGACAACUUUGCAGAUGAUCUAGUGGAUGAGAAGAUCUCCAUUAGUAACUACAGUCUUUCUGCAAGUGUGGCAUGCAGCAAAUUCUGCCACGCUGCAGAGGACGCAUGGGAUAUUAUUUAAACUACCACGUUGUCUGUUUAUGCUACGAAUUUUGCCGACGAACACAUUCGAUCGUAUACGAACGGGUGAACGAAGCACAGAAACAUCGUAGGGUUAUAAAUGGUAUAAGAUGGUGGGCAUAUGGGAUUCGGUCGCUAUGAAAAGGUGAAAGCGGAACUAUCAAGCAGACUCAACGAUAACAACAUCGUUCGAUAUGCUUAUGGUCGCCGGGCUUGGGUGUCUGUGUGCUCUGUCUCUGUUUUUACAACCAAAACAUCAGGCGUUCAACAUCAGAUCCAAGACGCUUUAGUCGUCUUCGUGGACCACUUCAACUUGGUCCACAUCUCUUUUGUCUUUUCUUGUACCUUUCAGCAUCCACUCUACAGCUUAGUAGCUACUGCACGUUGGAUGACGAUAAGUAUUUUCCCCUUCUCAGCGUAUACUUUCGGCUUAGCAUAUUGCAUCAAGCUUCCUUCCUGGAGUUAGCUACACUGCAAAUCAGCUGAAUUGGCAUGGGAAAUUAGUUCAUGCUGCUAGGUGGCAGACACUACCGCGAGUCAUUCGGCGACAGCGGAUAGCUUGACGUAUAAAAAUACUAUAUUGGUCAAUGAAAGGAUAAUUUUCCGAAAUCCCAUCAAAUU